AUGGGUGGUGAAACCAAGACGGGCCUGGGCCUGGACUUCCUGCUGAGCGAGCUCUUUGUUGACCGAGCCGGGAGCCGAGUGAACGAGAACGUGCCCCAGAUCGCCGUGGUGAUCACUGACGAAGCAGACGAAGAUCAGCUGAAGGAGAUCGCCACUACGCCUCACGACCAGCACGUGUACAGCGUGUCAGACUUUGCCGCGCUGCAGGGGAUCUCCCAGAUCCUCGUCCAGAUGCUGUGUACUACCAUAAAUGAGGCAAAGAGACCGAUCUCCCAAGUGGUCCAAGAGUGCCGCAGUGCCACAGUGGCUGACAUUGUGUUCCUUGUGGAUGGCUCCACCAGCAUCAGCCCUACAAAUUUCCAGGAGGUUCGGAGGUUUCUCCACAGCUUCAUCGAGGGGCUGGAUAUCGGAACGGACAAGGUUCGCGUAGGACUGGCCCAGUUCAGUAACGAGAUCCAGAAGCAAUUCCAUUUGGGUGAACAUACGGACAAAAGGGCCCUACUGGAACAAGUGGACAGGCUUCCACAGCUCGGGGGAGGCACAGACACCGGCAAAGCCAUUACCGUCCUUCGGGAAGAGUUUUUCACCACGGCCAAAGGGAGCCGCGCUGAUCAGAGGGUGCCUCAGAUUGCUGUGGUGCUCACCGACGGGGAGUCUGGGGACGACGUAGUGCCGCCAGCCAAGGCGCUAAGGCAGCAUGGGGUCAUUGUGUUUGCUAUUGGAGUGGGGGCAGCCAACAUCACCGAGCUGAAGGCUAUCGCUAACAGGCCCCACGAGCAUUUCCUGGUCAGCGUUGAACGUUUCCAGGCCCUACAGACACGUUCUCAGGGUCUGCUGCAGAAUGUCUGUGUCUCCAUGGAGAACCAGAGGAUGGCUCUGAUCCCAAAGUUCUCUGAUGUCUUCUUCCUGGUGGACAGCAAUAUGAUGCAGACAGACUUCCAGCAGGUCAGAACCCUUCUGAUGCGAUUGGUCAACCAACUCAACCCGAGCAGUAAAACCACGCGACUGGGUCUGGCCCAGUUUGCCCAGGACACCAAGGUGGAGUUCUUACUGAACACCCACAACACCAAGGAAGAGUACGUGGCGGCGUUCAAGAAAUUCAGGCUGCCGCUGCGCCCCAACAGCGUCUGGUGA